UGGGCCUUGCCUUUUCCGUGGUGGACUCGACGAUCGCGCCUCACCGAGGGGUGGCUUUGUCUCACUGAGGUCCGCUUGUACUUCAUCCCGCGAUAUCUCGACGUUGCUCGACGAGACGGCUUCUAUCUUGUUGAUGACCGGGGGUAAAAGAGCGUGUUUAGUGAGGUGAACUGCACCAGGCAGGAACCGACCUCACACCAAACGUGCCUAAUCGACCGACCUUGAGGGUCCGAAGAGCUCUCACCACCACUUUACACCCUUCUCAUCUCUCACUCACCCACAAAACCACCAACCCAUUCCCCUUACAACAUACACACAUCACACACGAGGAAAAAAUGUCAGCACCAUACUACACCCCCCAACGCCCCUACUUCCCCCCUCAAACCACCCCUCCGCCGUCGGGAGCAACAGGAGCCCCCUCCUUCACACCCGCCAUGCGCGACCGCCAAGCGCGCGGGAAAGACCCCUACUCGCCGCACGACAGCCCCUCGGACUCGGAUCUCGAGUUUGAAGGCGGGGCCGGGGGUUCGCCUUCGAGAGGCGGCGGCGGGGUGGGUAGGUUGGGUCAUCUCGGUCCCGGGCCCGGACAUCACGGCGGCGGCGGUGGUGGUGGGAUGGUAGCCGGAGGAGGAGGGGGUGGUGUCGGUGAUGGUGAUUCGCAUGAGGUUAGGAGAAGGAAGCUUUGGGCUGUUGCUGUGCUUGAGGAUCCGGAGAAGUUGGCCAUGUAUGCGUGUAGUCGCGGAGACAGUAUCCCCGGCACCCGCCUCCACUUUACCCGCAUGCUCUGCGGUUUCGACGAGGAGCCGAUGCACCCGCAGCAGUCGGACCACCGCAAGGCGUCGGCGUCGUCGUCUUCGGCGCGGCGGGAUCCGAGGCGGCGGAGCGCUGGAGGGGACCGGAUGGGUCGUCAUUGAAUCGGGCCGCCGCAUGGCACUUCCCUUUUACCCUGUGACAGCCUCUCACUUUAUGACUCUUUUGACGCCGGUUACGGGAUUAUGGAGUUUGGACUGUUGAUUUUCUGAAAUUCUGGGGGAUGGAAGGUCUUCUUGGGAGAAAUUGGUUUCUGUACAGCAGCCCUGCUCUGUCUUGAGGAUCGAACUCGUGGACGAUCCUGCCGCGACAAGGUAGAAAACGUCCCUCGGCCGUGGUGAACGAGGUUGCUUCAAGUCGAGGCACGUGGAAUGAAGGGAAAUCAGUAACGGCGUAAUGGAGUCACGGAGUCUUCAGCAUGUCCUACAUUCCCAAAUAUAUCCUCUCUCUAGUCAGAUAAACAAACUUGCAUGAAUUCACGACGACG